AGCCGCGGCCCAACGCUGACGAUGCUGCUGGGCGCCCCGCGGCCGGGCGGCUGGGAUCGCGGCCGGGUGGGCGAGAGGCUGCAGGCGGCCCUGGCCGGCCUCCAGGAGCUCCAGGUGCUGCGGGAGAAGCAGCGGGAGCUGGUGCGGGCCGCCCUGGCCAUGCCGCAGCGGCCGGCGGCGGGCGGAGAAGAGCAGCCCCUGUCCACCCACAGCAAGGAGCACCGUCUGGAGGCCACCCUCUCCGCCCUGAAGGAGCAGCUGUCUCGUUUGAGGAGACAGGAUGUUGGCUUGAAAAGCCACCUGGAUCAGCUAGACCAGCGAAUAAGUGAGCUGAAAUUGGAUGUCAGUAAGACCUCCAGUGAAUACUUGGAUAGUGACAGCCGGCCCAGCUCAGGAUUCUAUGACCUGAGCGACGGUGGUUCUUGCUCACUAUCCAAUUCUUGUACCUCUGUGUACAGUGAAUCCAUCUCUUCCUCCCACACCAGUCUCUUGCCCAGCUCUCAACACCCUAAGGCGAGGCUCAGUGUGUUUGAUUACCGACCCAAGUCUGCAGAUGAAACCACUGUGCACACCACCAGCUUCCAACAGCAGGGAACCUAUGUCAGCGAUGGAUGUCGGAUUACAGCUAGCAGAGAUGUUUCUGCAGCUCCUGCCAGGUCCAGACCAAGGCCAGUUUCUACAGGUGACUUGGAAAGACUCACUCCAGCAGACGCUAGAUUUCAGAAAGAGACUUAUCCCAAAUCCGUCUUGCCUCUGUGCCAUAACGGAGACAUGCACUUGCUCAGCAUGGACCCCAAAUUCCAGAAUGACUUGGUCUCCAAGAAUGGCAUUGAUGUGUAUCCUUACCCAAGCCCCCUUCAUGCGGUGGCUUUACAAAGUCCUCUUUUCUCCCUGGUGGGCACAUCCCCAGAAUCGGACUUCCAGGCUCCUCCCAGCAAACCUCUGCCUAGUGUGACAGGUCCCAGCUUGAUUAGGACUAGGCCAACCACUGAGGCCAAGCCAGGGGGUUACAUCAAUAAAUUACUGCAGCUGACGAGAUGCAAAGGGAACAGUCGGGCUGAUGCCAGUGAGUGGGUUCCAACAAAGAGCCAGCCAGCCGCAAUGCACCAGAGACUCAUUAUAACCCCCAGCGCCGGUGGAGUGAAAAUUAACAGCAGCAGUAGCCAGCUGGAAAAACAGGCAAGUUCUCUGGAAAGUAACAAAGCUGAAGGGAAGCUGUCAAGAGAGGUGUCAGAGGGGGAAUGUGCCAAGCAGCAGGAGACCAUGCACUGUGUGAAUGAAGAACAGCCAUCCACUUGGCCUGACACAGAGCCAUCAGCUGUGAAUAGUUGUUAUGCUGCCAAAUCAGCAGCAAGGGGUUCUCCCCUGGCAGAAGCAAUGGAUAGCAGCACAGAGCACAGUUCAUCCUACUCACAGCUGUGCCAGGAGGACUCCAGCCCAGACGCCUGGAAUGCUAAAGCUGUCCCACCCAGAAAGCUGCCCCUCAAAAGAUGUGGCAGUGCCAAAUCAACUAGCACUGGGGGUCAUGAGCGAGUGGCAGGAACUGAGUUUGUUCAUGCUCAGUUUGUCCCUGCAGAAUCCCACCAAGUCCGAGUAAAGUUUGCCAGCUCCAAAACAAAGGCAGUGAAGAUAAAGAGGAGGAACAGUGAAAAGGUACAACGGCCUGGGAAGCAAACCUCAUGCUUGGAGAAAGCAAGAGGGUCCCAUGGAGCCACUAGGCUUCCUGCUGAGUGGAAUCAGCCCCAAAGGUCACAAGGAGUGAAGAAUCUCUUGCAGAGACCUUCGUAUUCUUGUGACGUGACUGGCAGGUCGUGCUCGGAGUCCAGUCUGUUCCCUGUGCAAGUCAGGCUCCCCACCGUGUCAUCCAGGCCAGAGCUCUACGGAGCCUCUGCCAAUGCACUGCAUUCCCUGGAAGCAGCUUGUGUAGACACAGCCAACAAGAAGAAGCAGCGCAAGUGGCAGUCCACAGUGGAGAUCUCUGCCAAGGCCAACCUGGCCAGCCUGUCUCAUAGCUUUGGCCUGGGAGCGUCAAGGCAGCCAGCAAGGAGAGCCGGUGUCCUGCGCACUGUCAGUGUGAGGGCUCACUCCAAGAAUCAGCGCCACGGAGAUUAUGCCAAAAGCGAGUCAGACCACUCCGAGUACUCUGCAGACUGUGCUUCCCUCUUUCACUCCACAAUCGCAGAGACCAGCGAAGGGGAGGUCAGCGAUUUCACGACUAACCGUUUUGGGGACAGUGAGUCCAGUGAAAGUGAUUCGGAUGGCAGCAGUAACAGUAGCAGUCUUGCCCUUGACUACGAUGAGGGGGAUGAAAGUGAACUGAUUUGGCCCGAAGGUUCAGUCAGACAAUCGGGGACUGUCCAGGCAUCUUCCAAGCCUCUUCCCCCUGUGCCCAAAAUCUGUCGUAUCAAAGCUUCAAAGGCAUUAAAGAAGAAGAUAAGGAGAUUCCAACCUGCGUCUCUGAAAGUCAUGACCAUGGUUUAAGGCAGAGCAAGCAUCUGUUUCUUAGGGUGAGAUAUCCUGGUGAAAAUAAAAACAUCAUCUGCCAUAAGAUUUUAUAGGCAAACCUUGGUGAUUUGUUAACCAUAUGCACCCACUGAAUCGGUCCCAGACACAAAGGCUUCUUAAGGGGAAAGUGUACUUACCUCUUCUGAGGAAUUCUUUGCAGUCUGAAGUUUGCAUUAACCAUCUAGCUGUCGUGGUCUUAUGGAAAAGCUCUGUAUUCGACAUAGUUCUGCUUUCUUUCAGAUCAACCAUCCCAUACCUUCUCCCAAACAUGAGGAGGAUGAGUCUGUUCUUCCAUAAAAAGAUAGUAUGUUUAAUCAAGAAGACAAGUGUAUUUGUGAAUGAGAAUAGGAUUUCAGUUUGUUUCCUUUUUUUCAAAACUGAGAGUAUAGGGUUGUUUUUUUCAACCCCCCUCUUUAUGUUCCAUGUUAUUGUUCAUUUGUUGAAUGGAUGAAAGAACAUGAGUGCUCCAUGUCACAGUAUGUGAAUAGCUGGGACUGAAAUUACAGCUUUUCCUCUGACAUUGCAAACUUAAUAAAUACUAUUUAAUGUACUUCUGAAGGUUGUGCUUGUCUGACUUUGAUAUCUAAAGAAGAUUAUU